AUGGAGUCAUUGCAAUCUACAACUAUCGAUUUACACGUUCAAAGCUCGUCUCAGAUCUCAACCUAUCCAAAACUCGAAUCUCCCGGAGAAUAUGGCAUGUGGCCGCUGAUCAACUAUGAUCGAUCAGAAGCCAAAUCAACUCAAGAACUUCUCUUUGAGGCCGCCUCGGAGAAAGAUCCAGAUAUGGCUCGACAAAAAUGGGAACUAUUCAAGCGUGCGGUCGAAAAUGAAAGCCUUUCGAAGAAUAAGGUAAUGCAAAUGAUUGGGACCCUCGAUGAAGAUAAACAAUGGGCAGCUCUUCAUUAUGCUGUUGACAGUAAUAAUGAGGAGUUAUGUAGAAGACUAACAUUCAAACUAGACAAAUAUCAAUGCGAUGUUAACAUUCUUGGUGGUAAUGGUGAAAAUGUUUUACAUGUAGUAUCUCAAUCGAAAUACAUAUGGCAAGGUACAGGCGAUGUAACCACUGCAAAAGUCCCUGAUUUGGUCAGAUUACUUGUUGAAGAACGUCAUGCUGAUGUCAAUCAUGCAGAUGACGAAGGUCGCACACCUUUGCAUAUGGCUGCAAUGCGAGGUCGACUUCCCUAUAUGGAUUAUUUGAUUGCCAAUGGAGCUAAAGUUGACGUAGGUAUUAAGCAAAUUCAACGCAAGUAUACUGCAUUUUGCCCUGUUCCCUGUCAAUCCGAUGAAUGCAGAACAACUUUAUAA